CUUUCCAAUUUUUUAAAUUUUUCUAAAAAAUUUUUUUUCUUUUUGAAAAUGGCAAAGUUUAAAUCCGCACACUCGCAACGUUUUACAACUUGGAAUUGGCUUCUUUUUUAUUUUCUUGGCUUUUAAUUCUCAAGGUUUUAUUGAGGAAAGUGUUCUUGAUGGAUAUACAAAAACUGGGCAGUUUGUCAAUUAUUUAUGCAAGUUUUACUGUUUGUAAUUUUGUGGCGCCUCCAAUUAUUAGGUCAUGGGUUCAGGGCUCCGGGCAUGGACCUGCGGUUGAGGGAUUCUGGGAAACCCCCGGAUCCGAACCUUUUUUCAUAUCCGGAUUCGUCAACCCUACCGACUACCUUGAAAGGGCAUCGAGUCGUGGACAAUCCCCAAUUAAGAAAAUAAUUUUUUUUCAAAGAUUAUUAGGCACAAGAACUUCUUUGGUUACCGCUGGACUUGUUUAUGUAUUAUUUCUUGCCGGUUUUCUCAAUGUUCAUCAAUGGUUUCUUUAUGCAACUUCUGCUUUACUUGGUCUAGCUGCUGCAGUUUUGUGGACAGCACAGGGAAAAUAUUUAACUUUAAACAGCACUCCACAAAGUGCCGGCCGGCAUAGCAGUCUUUUUUUGUGUUGUGCUCAAGCCUGCCUUUCAUGUGGUGGCCUUUUCCUAUUAAUUGUCUUUUUAUUAGCUCCUGAUAAUGUAAAUAAUAACCAAAUAUUACAACAAAACCAAACAACAACAAAUAACACUUCUUUUACUUCCGAAAAUGUUAAACUUCUUUACAGCUUUUUUACGGGAAUUGCUUUAAUUGGUGUAAUUGUAUUAUCCCUUUUACCCCCAACACAAAGAAAUAAUUGUCAACAAGAACAACAAAAUAAAGAAGAAAAGGAAGAAGUAUUUAUUUUGGCAGAAAUUAAUUCAAUUUUUAAAAUUGCCAAAACACCAAAAAUGUUAGCUUUAGCUGUUGUAUUUGCCAAUACUGGAAUUUUAUUAAGUUUUUGGAGCAGUAUUUUCCCAACUUCAAUAAUAAAUACAAUUAUAUUUCAAUCACAAUUUAGUCCAAAAAUAUUAAUUGCAUUUAAUGGAAUUGUUAAAGGGGCUGGACAACCUUUUUGUAAUUUUUUUGACUAUUCUAAAAAAAAAUUCUUUUUAGUAAGCCUAAUUUUCGAACGUUUACAACUUGAUAAAAUUAAAAAAAGUCGUAUAAUAUUUGUUGGUGUAUUAAUUCAAUUUUUGGCAAUUUUGCUUUGCUUUGUAAAUUUACCUAAUGAAUCCCCUUUAAAUCAAACAACAAAUGAGGCUAUAAUUAAACCAAGGGUUUGGAUUGCUUUAAUUUGUGGAUUCCUCCUUAGUUUUUGUGAUGCUUGCUGGUCAACACAAAUUUUUUCUUUUUUGAUAAUUAAUUAUCCUACACAAAGUGCACAAGCUUUUGCAUUAUUAAAGUUUUAUCAGUCAUUAUUAACUUCCCUACUUUUCUUCUUUUCUGGUUACAUGUCUUUACAUUGGCAUUUAUUUAUUCUUUUAAUUUCUGGAGCACUUGGUUAUUGGGCAUUUGCAGUUGCUGAGAAAAUGGAAAUUGUUAACGAGAAAAAUAGAAGAAAAAUUGAUCCAAUUGAAUUAAGUUAA